CGCCUUCGGAUUUUCCUUUUCUCGCAUCACAAUCCUGAUCCUGAUGCUGCUGCUGCUGUUCACUUUGAUGUUGACGAAAGAGAGACCGAGAGGAGGUAUGUUGAUGCUCUCAAUAGUUUAGCUGAUAACGAGAUUCAAGAUCAAUUCUUUGGGCCUGGGCUUCAUCAGCUUAAUAUUCCUCAUUCCCAUUCUCGUUAUGGAGAGGAUGGACCUUGGAGCCCUGCGUAUUUCUCGCCCUCGCCGGGCCGAGAUCUGCGAGAAUUCCCCAAUUCGCCCUCAUCGGCGAGGUACAAUGAUCCCGCUGCAGCGUCGCAAUUCGAUCAGCAGUCUCCUCCUUUGGUGGACAACACGAUGUGGUUGCCUCCGGGGGCAAUUGUUCAAGAGAAGGCUGGGUUUCCUGGAAAUCUUGGUCAUGCACACAAUAUGUUCGAUGGAGGCAACAGCACUUGCGAGCAUUGUAGAAUUGGUUAUCAAAGGAGCCAGGUUCAUGUUUCAGACCCUAGGUACCUUGAUCCUAGGUGGAAUCAGCCAGCUGGAGGAAAUGAGUACAUGGGUCAGAUCUCGGGGUCAUGUGCUGACUGUUAUAGGAACAGGGAACAACCCUUUUACAAUGAAGCUCAUGGUCAUGAUCGUGGGUGGCAUCUCCAUCCUCAUCAGGGAAGUCAUCGAGUCGAGGAUCCUAGAAUGCAUCAGGGAGGUAGAAUGGGUGAUCACUAUGUUGUUGAUGGGAAUAUGAUGAACGUUCCUUUUGCGCAUGGGAAUUUCUAUGAUGGGCGUGAUGAUGGCCGUUACCAUAGGCCAACCCCAACCCCGGUUAAUGAGUUUGGGGGUGAAGUGUUUCCUGGGCAGCAAGCAGUUGGGCAUGGAAGUCAUCACCCUUCACAAUUUGGAGCUGAGAAUCCACAUCAAAUGCCGACUAAUUUGCCCCCAAUUCAAAAUCUUAGGAGGCGGGCUCAGGGCCCAGUGUGGUCUGGAGCACCGUAUGAUCCACCGGGGCCGUUGGUCGCAAAUGGUUUUGUGAGGAGUGCGCAUGAUGGGAGCCCGAGGGUUCCUCAUAUUGGAGUGGAUGAUCAAGUCCAGGGCACAUGGAAUGGACAGAAUGGAAGUUUACCUCAGAAAUAUUAUGGUGUUGAUGACCAUGGUGCUAGAAUGAAUCCAAACCUUGUGAAUCAGGAGCGGAUUAUAGUUGCUUCAGAGGUAAGCCUUGGAACGAGACUUGAGGAGGUGAAACAAGAUGAUAUGAAAGUGGUGAAACCUACUGAAGUGGCCAAAGUUGUUGAUGCUAAUGCUAAUGUUGACAAUGAACGAUGGGUCACCUCACCUGAAUGUUUGACUUACUUGCCCAAGCUGAUUGCUUCAGUUAAGAAUGUAGCACUGGAAGGUGCUGAGGAGGUCAAAGCUAAGGCUGAGGCAAAUCCCGAAGACAAAAAGGAACCAUCUCCAAACGAAUUGGGAGCUGGGGUGAGCAAGAAUGGCCAAGCUGAAUUGGAGGCUGAAACGGAUGGAGACAUUGAGAAGAAAGAUAUUUCUAAGAUUGAGCCUACGACAGCUGAGGCUGAAGCUUUAGCUCAAGGAUUGCAGACAAUAAAAAAUGAUGACUUGGAAGAGAUAAGAGAACUGGGGUCGGGUACGUAUGGAUCUGUCUACCAUGGCAAAUGGAAAGGUUCUGAUGUUGCCAUAAAAAGGAUUAAAGCUAGCUGCUUCAAUGGAAAGCCGUCUGAAAGAGAACGUUUGAUUGCAGAUUUCUGGAAAGAAGCUUUGACAUUAAGUUCAUUACAUCAUCCAAAUGUUGUAUCUUUUUAUGGUGUAGUCCGUGAUGGUCCUGAUGGCAGUUUAGCAACUGUCACAGAAUUCAUGGUCAAUGGGUCUCUGAAGCAAUUUUUGCAGAAAAAAGAUAGCAGAACGAUUGAUCGUCGCAAAAGGCUAAUAAUAGCAAUGGAUGCUGCAUUUGGAAUGGAGUACCUGCACGGAAAGAAUAUUGUCCAUUUUGAUCUUAAGUGUGAGAAUUUGUUGGUAAAUAUGAGAGAUCCUCAACGGCCUAUUUGCAAGAUAGGAGAUCUGGGGUUAUCAAAGGUAAAACAACGUACCUUGGUAUCAGGAGGAGUUCGUGGAACUCUACCGUGGAUGGCACCUGAGCUUCUAAGUGGAAAGAAUAUUAUGGUAACUGAGAAGGUUGAUGUUUACUCAUUUGGAAUAGUAAUGUGGGAACUGCUUACUGGGGAGGAGCCUUAUGGAGAUAUGCACUGUGGUUCUAUAAUUGGGGGGAUAAUGAGCAAUUCAUUGCGUCCUCAAAUUCCAACUUGGUGUGAUCCUGAGUGGAAAUCUUUGAUGGAAAGUUGUUGGUCCUCUGAUCCAGGGCAAAGGCCGUCGUUCGCUGAAAUCUCUCAGAAGUUAAGGAAAAUGGCUGCGGCAAUUAAUGUGAAGUGAAGGGUUGAUCCAAUUAGAGAAAUAUUUUUCUGUCCUUCUCUCACAAUGUAUAUCCUCUUUGCUGUUGAGGGAAAACAAAUCAAUGAAUCAUAAAUACUGCAUGCAUAACUAUUUUAUACAACAGUAUGCCUUUGCAGUUAGGUGUCUUUUCUGGGCAUCUGGAAACCUUUAAUUGUGCUUCAUACAUGAUUUUUUCCCCUUCAUGUUUUGCAAGUACACGCCCAUGUCAUAUUGUACAGUGGAAUAGAUUUGUUACGAAAGGACGAGAAAAGAGUGUUCUAAAUGAUCUUAUGAUGUAGAUCUGAGGACCUUGGCAAUAAGUUUGAGAGCGUGGUGGUAUAUUACAUCCUUUGUCUUUAGGCGGGGAACUGGUAUGCAGUGUAAAUAAAAUUUCUUCGUUUUGUGAUUCCCCACCCAUAAGGAGAAGUAAUAUGCCAUGACAGGCUAUCGUUAAAUCUCAAUAGAAGUUUUUCUAUUGUUUACCGCACCUUUGUAUUCAUAAAGAACAAAAAAUAAGUGAUCCUGGACUGCUGAAGCUCGGCUCGAUAUAUUGGUUUCUUUCUA